AGUAUUGUACAGCCACAACAACAACAACAACAACAACAGCAGCAGCAGCAUCAACAAACAUCAUCAACAUCAAUGCCAGCAGUAUUUGCUAGCUCAUUAACAACUAGUGGAUUUAUUAAUUCUUCAUUUGGUCCAACCAAUCCAUUAGCGGCCGUAUCGGCUAAUCAAAUUUUAGUCACCAAUUCAAGAAAACAACGAGAAUUUAUUCCGGAUUCAAAAAAAGAUGAGUCAUAUUGGGAUCGUCGAAAACGCAAUAAUGAAGCAGCUAAACGAUCUCGAGAAAAACGACGUAUUUCUGAUUUGGUACUUGAAACACGUGUACUUGAAUUAACACGUGAAAAUAGCAUUCUAAAAGCUGAAUUAUAUGCCAUAAAAGAAAAAUUUGGAAUAUCUCAGAAUCAACAUUUUAUUGAUCCCGAUUCUGUAACGAUACCUUUGCCUGAAAAUGCUACCAAAAUUCGUCGAUCAAGGAUUUUUUCCUCCAUAUUGGGCGGCACAUCUGUCAAUCGAUCAGAUUAUACCUCAAAUAAUCAUCAUCAGGGAUCGAAUAACAUAUCCAGCCAAUCUGCAAAUGCAGUAUCGACAUCAUCAUUUAAUUAUUCGUGUUCAUUGUCACCCAAUUCACAGUCAUCAUCAUCAUCGGAAGUCCAUGUAUCUACAUCUCCCACCUAUCAUGGUUCGACUGCCAAUUCAUCACCACCAAAUGUUUGUCCAUUAUUGACCGGACAACCGACUAAUUGUUUGGCUGGCCUAGCCACACCGAUUUCCGUUUUAACAGGUAACAAAACAACAUUGCCAUUCAAACUCAGACACAAAGCACAAGGAAAUUGUAGCUCAAAUAAUGUCAACUCAGUUGUAGCCCAAAUUCGAAACCAAGAAACAUCGAAUAUUGGAACACAGAAUGAUAGUGAUGCCAGCAGUGAUUCAUCAUCGGUUGCUCAAUUGAGUAGUAGUGCUGAAUCGACAGGCAUAUUUGGUGAUCAUCAUCGUGACAGUGCUGGUUCACCUGAUUCUUUAUUGAAAACAGAAAAUUAUGCACUCAAAAGUGAAUUGCAGAGGUUAGCUUCUGAAGUGGCUACACUUAAAAAUGUUCUGGUCUUGAAUCAAUCAAUCAAUGCUGUAACUUCAGGUCCGGUUAUUGGUGGCCAUCCAUCGAGUUUCGGUAAAUCAAAUAACGAAAGAUGCAAUCGUUUUCAUCAAACUGUAAGUCCUAUGGAAACUCACUCACCUAUACAUUAUAAUGAAGAUCUCGAUAGCAAAGACUUGCUGAAAAAUGUAAUUCAAUUCCAGAAAUUGAAUGAUAUUAUCGUAUGAUGGAUAAUUUCAGAUGAACCAUCAACCAGCACUUGAUGAUAUUGUUGUCGAUUAUUCAGAUAUAUAUGGACACACGUACACACAAACACACACACACAAUUCAGUUCCAUUUGUGACAUUAUUAUUGCCUGAAUGAAUAUACAUCCGCAGUAGCUACGAAUAUAUCGAUUGGUUUGUUCAUCAACAUCAUAAAAUUAUUAUUAUUUU